AUGACAGUCAUAGACGCACUCAGCGCAGAUCCUCAAUUCACAGAUCUCGUCAGGAUUUUACAGCGACUCAAACUUGUUCCCGCUAUUAACAAGCUCGAAGAUCUCACCAUCUACGCCCCCACAAACGACGCCAUCAGGAGCUCGAAAGGCGCACACAGCCUCGCUGACAACCUCAACGAGAGAAGUCGCGAGAUUAUUUUCUAUCACAUUUUAAAUUACACCGCCUCUCACGAUAACAGUGAUAGUCACUUCCCUCAAUUACACCAAACCCUCUUGCACCCAGCCAACGUGCUUGGUGAGCCCACUUACAAUCCUCCGCCGCACUCGCCCUGGCUGCCUGAGCCUGGCGAUGGAAAGUCCCUUAUGGGUGCUGGACAACACGUGCGCAUCGGCAAGUCUAAUGACUCUCAAGUCUGCUUUGGACUUAGGGAUGUUGCUGUGGGAGGCAACUACACCGGCAACUGCAAUGAUAACGGUGCUGCAACUAUUCUCUCAAGCAAACCGAAGCGUGUACGAAAUGGCGUCAUUUAUCCAAUCGAUACGGUGAUUAUUCCGCCCGCAGAUCUUGCCACACAAAUUCGCUCCCAUCCAUCUCUGUCCAUGCUGGCUGAUUUGAUGCCCUCACAGGCCAUCUCAAACUUAGAACAUGACAACGCAAAAGGUCUGACUCUCUUCCUCCCAACCAACGAUGCCUUCAAAGCCCUGGACGAUGCUGUCUAUGGAUACCUUCACAAUCAACUGUACGCUAAUCCAGAUCUGUUGAGUUUGAUGUCAGGCCAUAUUGGAAGAGGAGAUGGUGUGGGCUGGAGUACAGCAUGGGACUCUGAUAAAUACUUUAAAACAGACCUCAAAACAGAGCUGCAAGUUGACGAUUUCGAAGUUAAGCUGGAUGACGAUACGACUUCCAAGAUCAAUACAAUUGACAUUUUGGCGUCAAAUGGAGUCAUACAUCUGAUAGACUCCUUCGUAACUCCCCCUCGACUUCUCUUGCUGGAUUCCGAGAAGGCGUUGGUCGGAUUAAACGCCACCCGUUUCGUCGAUUUAUUCAGAUCAGCACAUCUCUCUGAUAAGUAUCUGAAGGAUGACCAAGACAAUGCAACGCUUCUAGUCUUUCGAAACGAUGUCUUUGAUGGUAUGAGGGAAGGCAGCGUGGACGCUCUCUCACAGCACAGCGAUAUGGCAAACACUCUUCAGUACCACAUCAUUCCUGGUAACAUCCGAAAGGACGACGUUGAGUCUGGUGAAUUGAUUGCUACAGAGCUUAAGACACAUAUGCUUGAUGGACACGGACAGCGAGUCGUCGUAACCAAGUCUGAACGCAAAGACAAACCUGAAUCGACCAACAAAGCCGGUAGAGGCGGCGGAUGGAGCUUCAACCACGCGAGCGUUCUCGCUAAUGAAUUUAAUGUGGGAAACAAGUCAAUCUACUUCAUCUCUUCAGUGCUAGAGCCACCAAAAGACAUAAUGAGUGUUGCUGUAUCGGACCUUCGCCUGUCGACAUUUGUAGCCUCAGUAUAUGCUGCUGAGAUGGGCGAGUACCUUAAGCAUGUACCGGCAACAACGCUCCUGAUUCCAACCAAUAAUGCAUUUGAGGAGCUGGGCUAUGCGAUGAAGUACUUGCUCAAGGGUCGCGCAAAGUCUGAAUUGACCAAGUUGAUAAAUUACCACGUAAUCAACGAUAUCGUAUACUUAUCUGAUAUGACUAACGGUACAUACAAGACGCUCUUAGACACAGAUAUUGAUUUACACAUUCGAGACAAAGGCAAUGCAACAGAGAAAACAGUUGGCUCACUCCGCAACGAGGUUGGUUAUUCUCUUAAUGGGGAGGAAAGAAAGGCUGUGAUAAAAGAAGGCGACAUUCUCACUUCUAGCGGCGUCAUACACAUUAUUGAUCAGGUUGAACGACCUGCAGAGGUUGACAUCACCCUGAGAAAGUUGCUGAAGGGCAGCAACGCCAACACCAUGCUUGAUCUGUUCCAGAAGUCCGGGCUACACUGGCUCCUCGAUGGAGACAUACCACCUCCAGAAGACUACAACAAUCCAUACGAGAAGCGCAACACAAGUAUUGGGCAUCCUGUCAAACCAUAUACAGUGUUAACGCCAAAUGACGACGCAUUCACUCACAUUAAUCUCACGCACUACUAUGAUGACAGAGCAGCACUAGAAGCUCUAGUCAGAAUGCACAUCCUACCAGCACCCCCAGAUUACCUCGAAGACAGAGAUCCAUACAGUUUGGUAGAGCAGGAUAAUGUACCGCCUACGAAUGGCGGACAUCCUCUUUUUAUUUACGACGACAUGGCUUAUCCAUCUUUGCUCUCUUAUACUGAGGGUGGGCCAUCCAAAUACGGCGAUGUGGCGUUCAAGAAAACGGAAAAUGACUGGACCGUCGGUAUCAAAGGAGCCAGAGAUGUCAACGGGCCUGAAGACUUUGCUAUUGUCUUGGGAUUUGGAAGGGCGUCACCUCACUUUUACAAUUCCAGUAUGUCUGCUUUAGACAGCAACAGCAACAACAAGGACUCAGACCAAGACGAUCCACACUCUAUGUCGAUCGGCGGCGGAAUUGUCGUGCUAGAUAGAGUUCUGAUACCCUACGAGCCUUCGUGGAUCUACAGAUGGGGAUGGAUUGUUUUUACUGCUUUGGCAGGCACAGGUUUGCUUGGUGGUGGUGGAUACGCUUCGUUUAUAGCAUACCAACGCAGAAAGGCAUAUAGAGCUGGCUACGAAUCACUAGAAGGCGAAGAGGAUUAA